UCUAAUAAUUAGCCAAGCGAUCUACCAUUGCUGGUUCUAGGAUGAUGUUAGUAUUCCAGUUUUUCCAAGGCAAAACAAGUUAAACAUGUUAUUUUCUCUCCUUCAGGUACCGAUUCUCCGGGGUAAAGUCUAUGCCAUCAAUGAUGCACUGCCUGCUGAUGGUGCAGCUGAUGACUACGAGACUUGUCUCACGCACUUGGUUAAGAGCAACGUGAUUAGUGUCUCGGCCGCGACUGGGUUUCCAAAGUUCGAUCUCAUGCUUCUGGGAAUGGGACCAGAUGGACAUGUGGCUUCUCUCUUUCCAGGCCACCAUCUGGUCAAGGAGAACGAAAAGUGGGUUACCUUCAUUAAGGACUCACCAAAACCACCCCCAGAGGGAAUCACAUUCAAUUUCCCUGUUAUCAACUCAUCUGCUAACAUUGCACUCGUGGUGUACGGUGCUGGUAAAGCUGGUUCAGUGCAUGCCGCAUUAAGAAACAGUCAAAAUUCCGAUCCGCUGCCUGUUCAGAUGGUUUCACCAGAAGGGGAGUUGGUUUGGUUCUUGGACAAGGAUGCUGCUUCCAAUCUGUAAGUUGUAUGUUAUAGUUUAUCCGAGUUGCUUAUAAAUUCCUACCUUUGUAGUCUGAGCAGUGGUUGUGCUACUGGAGUUGUCUCCGCUUUAGUUAUCGACUGC